AAAAAAAAAAAAAAAACAGAAAAAAAGAAACAGAGAAUAACAACGUAUUGUGCGAGAGAGUGUCUAGAGUUGUGCGAUUCCAUCUUGUUCUCUUACCUCGUUAACAAUUGAAACAAUGCGCGUUUGUAAAUUCCUUCUAUGUCUGGGCAUAGCGCUGCAGAGCAUCCAAGGCCUAUUGGCCGCCUGUACUGUUUGCUCGGCCAAGGGCACGGAUUUCUGUCAGGGUUGCCAGGGCGCCACAAUUGUGCGACCGAAAGUACGUUACUACGAACCCAGCGACAUUGCUCUCCCGCCGAUUGGUGACAACUGUUGGUGCAGCAAGCAGCUAAUAGAGCCCGCCCGUCUACCAAAGACCUGCGGCAAGAACAAGCCAUGCAAGCCCACGUGUAGUUGCCCCAGUGGUGAUAGCAGCUACGGCACCGUCAGCAACUAUGACAGUAUUGCCUAUGCUCCGGCAAAACCAAAAGAUGACACACCACCCGCAGAUCCCAUCAGUGUUAGCCUGGCCGUUCAAGCUGGCAAGGCCAUUAAUGUGCCCGAGGCUAAGUUGGCCUAUGGAUUUGCCCAGAAGCCCAUCGAUGGACUGCAAAAGGUGUUCUUCUCCAAUGUGCCGGAGGAGAAUCUCUUCAAGCUGAAGAGCGAUGUCAUCACGUUGAAGAAACGCACAUAUAAGAAGCAGGAGGAGGAAGAAGAGUACGAAGAAGAGGAGGAGGAGGCGGCAGAUGAAGAUGAAGAGCCAACAUCUCAGCUAACAUACAAACAACUCGGCUACAUCACGGAGCAAUACAAGAAUCCCAAAUUCAAGAAGGUUGUCGGCCGCAAAAGUUAUGCAAGCAAGAGUUACGGAAGCAAGAGCUACGGCAAGGUGGCGGGCAAAGUGUCCGUAGAUUGUGGAUUCAAGCCCGGACGCGUCGCCUCCUAUCGCAAUGCCAAUCGCGAAGAGUUGGAUGCGGGCAGCUGCUACUGAAAUGCUCCAGCAAUCUAUUUACUCAUUAUAUACUUACAUAAAUGUACAUAAGUGUGUGUUAAUUUUUCUUAAUUAAAAAACGAAACAACUAAA